AUGUAUUCGUUCAUCGCUACCCUCCUUAGCGUACAGUCGCUCGUAAAUGCAUCACCCAUUACAUCCCUAAACCUGCAUCGAAGAACCGUGACAGAGCUGGAUCAAGCCGCCUUCGAGGAAGCUCAGCAGCCAGAUAACACGGCGACGAAAGCCUUUUCCGGGACGCAAAUACGGACCUCUGAUGGGCGAUGCUUGUUCGUUGAUGAAUUAUCGGGAGAUUUCCGUGCGAACCUCACACCUAUACAAGUAGCCGAAUGUGAUACCACUGAUGGGCAAGGAUGGGAUAUAAUUACAGCGGGCAAGCAUAAUAAUGCUGAAGGGUCAAUGCUAGUUGUUAGCACGCUGACGAACGCUUGCUUCAACUUCGACCCACGACGAGCAAGCGGUAAUCAAGUUAUUCUAUUCAGCUGCGGAGGUCGUGCAGAUGGCGGCGGUGAAGUAACAGACUCUCAGCUAUUUCCUUUUAACGGUACUAGCGGUCCACUCACAUUAUCGCCCGAGAACGAUUCGCAGUCAUGUUUUACCGUCAAAGGAAAUGUUGUUGAUGUUGCGCCUUGCGCUGCUGGAGAUUCCGACCAGCAGUUUACUUUCAGUGGCUCUCCUGCUGUUGUGCCCACUGAUUCAAGCCCCCAAAGCACUGUAUCUGCACCUACUAUCCCCACCGCUACGGUGACCUCGCAGGAUGCAAGCCAAGCGCCUACAGCACCUACGGCACCUACCUCAAGCCCCGUUUCCUCGCCAGUUACAACUAAUGUGGCAGUCGGGGGGAUCCCUAACCCUACAGCGUCCGUCCCCGUAUCUCGCGCUGGUGGUGUGUUGCAACCCUCAGCAGUAGCCGAAUCACAGCCGCGGGAUGACACUGCAACGCGCGCUUUUACUUCAGUUAGCAUAAAGGCGCCAAAUGGCCAGUGUCUAUUCAUCGAUCCAACCGCUGGAGACUUUCGCGAAAACUUGAUUCCAGUUUCUUUGGUGACCUGUGCCGGGACGCCCAACGAGAAGUUUGACAUUAUCACGGCGGGAAAACAUAAUAACGCUCAAGACUCAGCUUUAAUCGUGAGUAGUCUAACAAAUGGAUGCAUCAGUUUUGAUGGACGGCGUCCAGCUGGUGAUACAGUAACUCUUUUCUCAUGUGGAGGACGUGCAGCAGGAGAGGGCGACACGAAUAACGGUCAAUUGGUUCCAUUCACUGGUGGAACAAGCCUGGUAUUUGCCCCGGAGAGCGAGCGUAAUGCGACCUGCAUCAUAGCUGGAGAUGGUCGGCUUGACUCUGCACCUUGCACUAAUGAUGGCUCACAAGUCUUCACUAUUCAGACGUAGACUGCUUGGCAUCUUACAGCCGUUCCAAGGAGAGGCACAAUUGUUGAUAUUGAUGUUGAUACUGACUUUAGGAUUUACAUAUUUUAACCAUUUACAUUAUACCCAAACAAACACCAAAUUUAUUUCUUGUGACCAUUGUAUUCAUUUCCA